AAGUUUUUAAUAUUAUUUAUUUAAUUUUUUAUCAUACAAAACGUAUAGUAUAAUUUGAUCUAAGAAGAAGGAAACGCAAAAGGUGGGUGCGAAAACACCGACAACCGAAUCAAUCACCGCUGCAAGCACGCGACAAACUUUAAACCAGUUUCCUUUCACUGUCCGCAACCUUCUAUAAGUCCUCUUCCGCUUCAACAUAUUUUCUUUUCCUUCUUCUUCUUCCACUUUCCAUUGAAUCCAACUCUAGAAUUUCCACCACAAUCAAACGAAAUCACCUAUUAGAUCCAAUCUAAGUUUAGUGAAUUUCUCAAUGGAUGCUUCCUCCUCCUCGUCCACUCAACCCGAAUUCGAUUACUUGUUCAAGCUUCUCUUGAUUGGGGAUUCUGGCGUCGGCAAAAGCACCCUGCUUUUGAGCUUCACCUCCGAUACAUUCGAGGAUCUUUCUCCCACCAUCGGUGUGGAUUUCAAAGUUAAAUAUGUUACGAUUGGAGGGAAAAAGUUAAAACUUGCUAUUUGGGACACAGCUGGACAGGAAAGGUUUAGAACACUUACUAGUUCAUACUAUAGAGGAGCUCAAGGAAUAAUUAUGGUAUAUGAUGUGACACGGCGGGACACCUUCACAAACCUAUCUGAUAUAUGGGCUAAAGAAAUUGACCUAUACUCAACAAAUCAAGAUUGCAUCAAGAUGCUAGUUGGAAACAAGGUUGAUAAGGAAAGUGAAAGGGUUGUCAGCAAAAAGGAAGGGAUAGACUUUGCAAGGGAAUAUGGAUGUUUGUUUACUGAAUGCAGUGCAAAAACCAGAGUCAAUGUUGGCCAGUGUUUUGAUGAGCUUGUGAUGAAGAUUUUGGAGACACCAAGUCUCUUGGCUGAGGGCUCGUCUGGUGUGAAAAAGAACAUCUUCAAGCAGAAAGCCCCACAGUCUGAUGCAUCAAGUAGUGGCUGCUGCUCAUACUCAUAGUGAUUUACAUGUUUAAUUGGGGCUUUAACUUUCCACUUCUCGUUAUGAUCUGGAUUUCAAGAGCAACUAAAUUUAAUUACAUGUACCAGAAAAAAAAUGUUUUUAUUACAGCCUGUAUAUCUAGUUUAAAUUAUUAUCCUUUAGAAUUGCUUAACGUAUAAAGAUCUCCAUUUUAUUUGGUUUGAGCAAGUAAUCAGCUGGAGAUUCCUAGUUCA